CAUGGUAGCGGAGCGGGGCGGCCGGCGCGGAGCGGAGCUGCCGUGGGGGCGGCCCGCGGGCGGCCUCUGGCCCAUGGCCUUCAUCAUGAUGAAAAAGAAGAAGUUCAAGUUCCGCGUGGAGCUGGAGCUGGACGAGCUUUCCUCCGUGCCCUUCGUCAACGGCAUCCUCUUCUGCAAGGUGCGGCUGCUGGACGGGGGCAGCUUCAGCGGGGAAUCCUCCCGGGAGGUGGUGCAAGCAAACUGUGUCCGCUGGAAGAAAAAGUUCUUAUUUAUGUGUAAAAUCAGUGCCAGUGCCACAACAGGGAUUCUGGAUACUUGCACGUGCAGGGUGUCUGUACGGAAGGAAUUAAAAGGAGGAAAGGCAUAUGCAAAGCUGGGAUUUGCAGAUCUAAAUCUAGCAGAGUUUGCUGGAUCGGGAAAUACCACUCGUCGCUGUUUACUGGAAGGUUAUGAUACCAAAAAUACAAGACAAGACAACUCCAUUCUCAAAGUUUUGAUCAACAUGCAGCUAAUGGCUGGAGACCCAUGCUUUAAAACGCCUCCUUCCACAGCAACAUCUAUAGCAAUUGCUGGAGAAUCAGAAUCUUUGCAUGAAGACAGGAAAGGUGGAGAAAACUUAAAAGUAGCACAUCUGGGUGUAGCAGAUAUCUCAUCAAAGAGUGCCUCUGUCCCAGAUGAACUUGGUGCAUGUGGACAUUCCAGAACAUCAAGCUAUGCAAGUCAGCAAUCAAAACUGUCAGGAUAUAGCACAUGUCACUCUAGAUCAUCCAGUCUGUCUGAACUCUGCCACAGGAGGAACACCUCAGUGGGGAGUACCUCAACGGGAACUGGAAGUAUUCUAGAGCCAUGUGAAGAGUCUGAGCCAAAAGUAACUGAAGCUAAUAUUGAUACAUCUCCUGAAGAUGCACCAUCAGAAAAACAAUGCAGACAUCCUGUAAAGCAAGAUUCUGUGGAGUCACAGCUAAAGAGGGUUGAUGCUACCAGAGUUGACGCUGAUGAUAUAGUUGAAAAAAUACUUCAGAGUCAAGACUUCAGUUUAGAGUCAAGUGCAGAAGAAGAAGGUUUAAGAUUAUUUGUGGGCCCUGGUGGAAGCACUUCUUUUGGAAGCCAUCAUCUACCUAACAGAGUAGGAUCUGGAGCAUAUGAGCAGGUGGUGAUAAAACGCUGAACUAGAAUGACAAACGAGGAAAACUUUGAGCUCUGGUGUUGAUACUUCUGGUUUUGUUUGCUCUGUUGCAAGAGUUGAGAAACACAAAAUUAACUCAAUGUGAUAUUUUUCUGAAAAGGAAUGGAAUGCCUCUUGCUCCUAGAGCAUCAUCUUCUGUGGUAUGAAGGGAAUGUUUAACUGUGUAUACCUUGUGAGAGCACUUGGACUGUUUUUGUAAGCUCUAUCUGAUGUUAUUGGGAUUAAUUUUGUGUGAAACAUCUUUGGAAGCAUG